AUGAGUUUAUGGAAUGACAUGUUUAUUGGCCAAGCUUUCUAUUACAUCCGUUUAAGAAAUGUACUGACUAGUGGGCGUUUCAUUUCUUCUUAUUCAUUAAUAUUGUUUCAUUAUUAUCUUAUUGCGAAUAUGGUAUCCAAGCGAGUUUAUGCAUGUGAUUACGGAAAAGGCCUGGCUAUUCUGGGUAUGCUACUUGCUCACACAUUUGAGGCUGGUAUUUGUGACUGGAAUCACGAUAUUGAACUCCACUAUAUCCAGCGAAUUCCAAUCGCUGUAAUAGUUGUAUUAGCGCCCUUAGCACUUAUCUGCCUUAUGGGGUUAUUUUUCACGUUCAUUACGUCCAUGACGUGUACUAUGAACAUCAUUCGAAUAGAGAGUAAAGGAAAAGGAGCUGUGAUGAGCUACUUUCUAUAUCGAUUUGCCUUUGCUAUUGUCCUCAAGUUUGUUGAGAUAUUCUUUAAAAAUUGGUGGCAGGAGUAUGGCAUUUUUCAAACCAUGUCCAUCCGCUUCCCUCAAGUUGAACUCGGAACGGACGGGGGUACGUUGGAUUCGAUCGGAGCUUGUGGUUUACUGGUCCCAGUUUCUGUGUAUUUGGUCCGACGCAUUCCUUGGGCUCGGAAGGAUUAUAAGCGCCAAGUGGUAAUCCUUUCUGCAAUUGCUGUUCUUCUUUUAUUUUUCUAUUUACCAAUUGCCGACUUUUUUGUGAUGCUGGCUGAAUGGCUCUUCAAAUAUGAAUUUAACUUCUUGGGAAUUAUUUGCAGCAAGUUCGGGAAAGGAAGUUUCAUGAUAGCGCAGUGUUUUCCCUUUGGAUUAGUGGGUGGGUGUAUUGCAAUAAUCAUGGUGAGUACAAAAUUAUGGAAACCUCUUUGGAUUUACGCAAGUAGCAUGAUGGGUAUAGCUGUUGCGGUGGCUAUUUUAUAUCUCGUAACAGAUCCGGAUCCCUUUAAUAACGUUUUAAGCUACAGAAAGCCAAGUUUUGUCCGUUUCUGUGAGUUGGGUUUUGAGUGUCUGGUGAUUGUAUUUGCAUCGCAUCUAUCAGACAACGAAUCGCGUCCUCUUUUGAAGCGAUACCAAUUCAACAAGCAUGUUACGUUUUUGAGACGAAUUAGCUGUGUAUCAUUGUCUUGUUACAUUUGGGAAACUUGGGUUUCUCGACAGAUUCGGAAGUUCUUUAUCGUGGUGGUUGGUUUUCCUUAUGAUUUGGAAAAGAAGGAGUCGCUGUGGAGCUUCUGGGCUGUUGGAGUUUUUAUGAUCGUGAAUCUGAUUGUGGACUUGUACAUAAUUACGUUCUGGGAGAAGAUCCAGUUCCGAUUCAGUAGUGAGCGAACGAUCGCAUGGAUCUUAUCGUGGUUAUUUAACCGAAAAGAGGAAGUGGAUUGGAAGGCCAGCAAUCAAAAGAUCAUUUAUGGACCGAUAAACGAGCUAGAGAAGGAGAUUAUUGAAUCGGAUGAGACCAAAGCAAAGAAAAACCUGUCUACUGAAGUUCAAAUGGUUGAAGUAGAUAUGGGCGAGAAGAAUCCGGAAACGACGGACGCUCCUCGACGUACUCAAAUUGGUAACAAGCAAGAAAUCCAGUUGAUGUCCACUUUAAUCGAAGCGAAUUCGAAUAUCGUUUCAAAAUAACUGUUGCUAUUCUAGAUGUGUUGCUAUUUGGAGGAAAGUAAUAGAGCCAAAUAUAUGUAUUGCAAAGAAGUGUAUACUAGGUAAAUGAAUGAGUUAUUUUU